AUGGACGCGGAUGGAUUCAGAAAGGCCGCGCACGCGGCCAUCGAAGAAAUCAUUGCAUACAAUCAGGACAUCACCAAAUACUCGGUGUUGCCCAGCGUGAAGCCGGGAUUCCUGGCACCCCAGCUCCCGCAAUCGGCGCCCGAAGAGCCGCAGCCAUGGGGUGAGAUUCAGGCGGACAUCGCGUCCAAGAUUGUGCCGGGCCUCACACACUGGCAGUCACCCAAGUUCAUGGCCUUCUUCCCGGCCGGAGUGACGUAUCCGUCGAUGCUGGGCGAGCUGUACUCGGCCGCCUUCACCGCGCCCGCGUUCAACUGGCUCUGCAGCCCGGCGUGCACGGAGCUGGAGACGGUGGUGAUGGACUGGCUGGCGCAGGCGCUCGGCCUACCGCAAGAGUUCCUGAGCUCGUCAGCCUCCGGCGGCGGCGGAACCAUCCAAGGCUCGGCGUCCGAAGCCAUUGUCACAUGCAUGGUUGCUGCGCGGGAACGAUACUUGCACGCAAAGUGCGACGCUGAGGGCCUGGCGCCCGGCUCGACCGAACGCGACGACCGGAUCGCCCAUCUGCGCGGCCGGCUGGUGGCGCUGUCGUCUGACCAGGCGCAUUCGUCGACGCAGAAGGGCGCCUUGAUCGCCGGCACCCGCUACCGGUCGAUUGCCACCAAGCUCGAGAACCAGAUGGCCCUGCAGGCCAGCCAGCUCGAAGCGACUCUCGCCCAGUGCCAGGCCGAAGGGCUGGAGCCGUACUACAUCACGCUGAACCUGGGCACGACGUCGACGUGCGCGGUGGACGAUUUCGCGGGACUGGCGCCGGUGUUGCGCGCCCACCCCAACUUGUGGGUGCACGUCGACGCGGCCUAUGCGGGCGCCGCCCUGAUCUGCCCGGAGUACUCGGCCAAAUACUCGCCGCUGAUGAAGGUGGCUGACUCGUUCAACAUGAACAUGCACAAGUGGCUGCUGGUCAACUUCGACGCGUCAUGUCUGUUUGUCCAGAACCGGAACCAUCUGACCCGCGCCCUGUCCGUGUCGGCCGCCUACUACGCCAACAAACACACCGACAGCGGGCUUGUCACCGACUACCGGGACUGGCAGAUCCCGCUGGGCCGUCGAUUCCGCGCCCUGAAGAUCUGGUUCGUCAUGCGCACCUACGGCCUGGAAGGCAUGCGCAACCACAUCCGGAACAGCGUGCGCAUCGGCGAGGUCUUUGCCGACCUCGUCCGCUCCCGGUCCGACUUGUUCGAGCUGGUGACCGAGCCCGCCUUCGCGCUCACCUGCUUCCGAGUCAAGCCUUCGCUCCUGGGGCUGGAGAGCGCCGCCGACGCCGAGGCCGAGGCCAACGCCGUGUCCAAGCACAUUGGCGACCUGAUCAACGAACGCGGCGAGGUCUUUCUGACUUGCAGCACUUCCGAUGGCAAGUCGUUCAUCCGCGUCGUCAGCGGCAACCCCAAUGCCGAGGAAAAGUACGUCAGAGCAGCAUUCGACGCCAUCGUCCAGACCACCGAAGAGGUGCUGGCCAGUCGGGACGGGGCGGGAGCCAAUGCACUUGCAAACGGGCAUGCGGGAUAG